AGCCACAUACUGAAAACCGUGAACCAUGUUUACUGACACUAGUAGGUUAACCCGGGUCACAGGCCAGGAAAGUGAAAUGUUUGGAUUGCAGAGUACUGGGUGAUUUAUCGGGUGGCUGUUUUAUAAUAACAGUGCCUUAGUGCGUAUUUUAAGGUGCAUAUGUUUUAGUUUUGUCUCACAGUUGCUUUCUGUUCUCUGUUUUCCUGCUUUGCCAUUUGACUAUAUUUUACCUGGUAAGUAAUGAAAAAUCAGGUGUUUUUUGAGCACGGUAUUGAUCUGCUGAAAGUUGUUUACAACACUCAAUAAAACAUAGUCCAAGUUUAAAACGGUUUGUAGCAAAACCUGAGCCUUUCAAUUUUUAGAUUUUUUUUUAAGUUACACCUUAUCAUUCUGAAUCUCCCUUAGUAUUCUGGUUAAUGGCAAAAUUCUGUAUGUAACUGAUCCUGGAUCAAACUGGUCAUUAGUGUAACAAUUGCCAAAGGAUAUUUUUGAGGUUGAGUGAGCUGAUCUUUAAGCAAGUUAUUCUGGUAUUUUGGCAGCGUUCUCACCCUGAAACCCAAAUCAGAAACCCAAGAAGAAAAAGCAGGAUGUGGAUCUGGUCCAGACAAAUGGCACCAAUGCUAAGUCCAAGAAGAACAAGGACAAGAAGAGUGAGGACAUCUCAGAAGAAGAGAGUCCUGUCAUGAAAGAUGAAAAGAAAGUUAAAAAAAAGAAAGCAGAGAAGGACAAGAAAGAGCAAGAGGAAAAAGCUGAACUGAAAAAGAAGACAAGAAGUGCACCCAAGAAGAAGAAAAGCGAAGACAGCGAGGAUGAUGAGGACAACGAGAAGGAUGAGGAUGACACCACCCGGAAGGUCAAGAAGAAGGCCACAAAGGAGAGCACGCCAGUCAACGGCAAGGAGAAGAAGGAGAAGAAGCCAGUUAAAGAGAACAAAAGCGAGUUUGACUCCAAAGCGAAAUCAGCAAAGCCCAAAAAGCAUGAGGCCACCACCCUGUUUCACGUAAAUGGCGAGAAGCCGGAGGUCAAAGGCAAAAAGAAAGCCUCGGCACCCCAGUUGGACAGUGAGCAGAGUGAACCGGAUGAUAAAUCCAGCAAGGUGAAGAAGAAGACUGACGUCUCGCUGUUCCAGGUAGGAGGGGACAAGGAGAAGGACAAGGACAAAGACAUGGACAAGGACAAAGGCAAGGACAAGAAGAAGAAGAAGAAAGGGCCUUCGAAAGGUGAGGACAGUGAGGUGGAGGAGGAAGAGGAGGAGGUCACGAAGAAGAAGAAGAAGGGAAAAGGAAAGAAGGGGAAAAAGGAAGAACGGGCACCUUCCCCUGUCAUCGAGGUCGACAACCUGGAGGAGUUUGUUCUCCGGCCUGCCCAGCAGGGCGUCACAGUGAAGUGCAGGGUGACUCGAGACAAGAGGGGCGUGGACCGCGGUCUCUACCCCACCUACUACCUACACUUGGACAACGAGAAGAAGGUGUUUUUAUUAGCUGGCAGGAAACGUAAAAGGAGCACCACCUCCAACUACCUGAUUUCCAUUGAUCCGACAGACCUGUCACGGGGGGGAGAGAACUUCGUAGGAAAGCUCAGGUCCAACCUCAUGGGGACCAAGUUCACCGUGUUUGAUAAUGCAGUCCACCCAGACCGGGCCCUUCAUGACAUGUCCAAUGCCCGCCAAGAGCUGGCUGCCAUCAUUUAUGAAACCAAUGUCCUUGGAAUGAAAGGACCACGGAGGAUGACCGUGAUCAUUCCAGGGAUGAACAAAGACAAUGAACGUUUCCCCAUUCGACCUCGAAGAGAGAACGACGGUCUAUUGACACGCUACCAGAACAGGAACAUGGAGAACCUGAUUGAACUUCACAACAAGACGCCAGUUUGGAACGAAGAGACGGCGUCGCACGUGCUCAACUUCGCUGGCCGGGUGACGCAGGCCUCCAUCAAGAACUUCCAGAUCGUCCACACGAAGGACGUGGACUACAUUUUGAUGCAGUUUGGCCGGGUGGCGGACGAUGCAUUCACGCUGGACUACAGCUACCCGCUGUGUGCAGUGCAGGCCUUCGCCAUAGCCCUGUCCAGUUUCGACGGCAAGAUAGCCUGCGAGUAGCCGGGGAACGGCCCGCUGUCAGCGCCCAAUGAAAUUACAAAACUGCAGAACCCCCUUGGACAUUACACCCGACUGUAAAGGGCAGAACAAACUCCCAGUCUAACUCCUCUUCAGAUGGCUCGUCUCAGGUUAACUUUUCCAGAUUUCAUUUUACCGUUCCUCCAGUAACUAAUGAGGUACUGGCUUCUGAUAACAAUGGACAGACAGUCCUUCUCAGAGAAUUCUGGGAAAUUCUCCACCAAUUGCUGAAGCUGAAUGUGA